AUGGCUCUCGUGCUCCGGCAAAGCAACACGAUCUCUCACCUUUUCUACCUCUUCCUCCUCCUGGCCUAUUGCUCCACUCCUACCCUUGCGGCAACAACUGAGCAAUGGAAAACCCGCUCCAUUUAUCAGACGAUGACCGAUCGGUUCGCUCUCACCAACGGCUCGACCACCACCGCAUGCAACGGGACGAUCAACAAGUUGGAUUACAUCCAAGGGAUGGGAUUCGAUGCCAUCAUGAUCUCGCCCGUGGUGAAGAACAUCGCCGGCCGAUCCAAGGACGGGGAGGCCUAUCACGGGUACUGGCCACUCGACCUCUACGAGAUCAACUCUCAUUUUGGCAGCCGGGAGGAUCUUGUGAAGCUGGCGGAGGAGGUGCACGCGCGGGGGAUGUACUUACUGCUCGAUGUUGUGAUUAACAACAUGGCCUAUAACACCGACGGGGAAAAUCCAGCGACUCACAUCGACUAUACCGUCUUUCCCCAGUUCAAUGGCUCCUCAUAUUUCCACCCAUACUGCCUGAUCACGAAUUGGAACAACUACACCGAGUCGCAAUGGUGUCAAACCGGCGACAACUACACCGCGCUGCCGGACCUCUACACGGAGCACACCGGCGUGCAAGACACCUUGAUGACCUGGAGCAAAUCGGUCAUGAGCAACUACUCGAUCGAUGGGCUUCGCAUUGAUGCCGCCAAGUCCCUCACCCCGAGCUUUUUGCCGACGUAUGUGGAAACCGUGGGGGGUUGGAUGACGGGUGAAGUCAUGGAAUCCAACGCCAGCAUCGUGUGCAAUUAUCAACAGGAGUAUCUGCCCAGCUUGCCCAACUACCCUCUCUACUAUGCGAUGAUCACUGGAUUUCUGAACGGGGAGCCGGCUUCCCUGCUCGAGGAAAUCGCCACGAUCAACCGUCUCUGCCCGGACGUACCGGCAAUGGUCAACUUCAUCGAGGACCAGGAUGUGGAUCGCUGGGCGUACAUGAACGACGAUAUCAUGCUGGCCGAGAAUGCACUGACUUUCAUGAUGCUGUUUGACGGCAUUCCCUUGGUAUAUCAAGGUCUGGAGCAACGCAUCGUUGAUUCCAACCGAGCCGCCCUGUGGACCACCGACUACGACACCAACGCGACACUCUACAAGCUCAUCACAAAGCUCAACGCCAUUCGCAAGCAUGCCAUCAAUCUCGACGCCGACUACAUAAACUCCCGGACUUAUCCCCUCUACCAAGGUGGAAGCGAAUUGGCCUUCUGGAAAGGGAGCUACGGGCGACAGGUGAUCAUGCUUCUGUCCACGCAAGGCUCCAACGGGUCGGCCUAUGAUCUGACGCUUCCCGUGAGCUAUGGCGCCAGCGCCGUGGUGACCGAGGUGCUGAACUGCGUCAACUACACCCUCAACACCAACAGCGAACUCGUGGUCUCUAUGGACAAGGGGGAGCCGCGGGUCUUCUUUCCCGCUUCGAUGAUGCCCGGCAGUGGGCUAUGCGGCUACAAUGCCAGCAAUGUGACUUACUCGGAGCUCCGCCUGGCGGCCGUGAGCUCGAACUCUUCCUCUGCCGGUGGCCACACAGUCGCGUCAUUGGCACCUGGACUGUUUUUCGCUUCGCUGCUGUCGCCUUUCUUGGCAGGUCUCGCACUUUAGGCGGCCGCAUUUGGCGAAUGGCAGUCGGAAUGCUUGUUGUAAGAUAGCAGCUCGGCGAGGUGGGGCGACUUCAAGUGCUGAGCCCUACAGCUUGCUCGUCGCGAUGGCUUUAUGACCAAUGAAUGACAUUGUUUCUCUUCAGGGUGCCAACACUUCAUCUUGG